AUGCCUCCUGCACGCCGCUCCGCCCGCACCGUCUCCUCCACCGCCGCCAGGGAAUCCGCCCAGCCGUACACACGAGCUAACAAUCGAACCAGCCCCGGCGCACAGCGAUCGUCGGCAUCCAUAGCACGGCCUGCCAACGGCAAGACCUCUCUCCGGCUCACAGUCAAGGCUCCUCCCAGCAAGCUUCGCCAAGCGACGUCGGGCUCCUCAAUCCCACCCAAUCCCUAUGCCGACAACCCCAGCGAGAGCGAUGCAACGCCAGCCCCGCGAGUGGCCAGAUCAACUCGCAAUCCGCGAACCGUCGUAGAUCCCGACUCAGACGACGUCGAGGAGGAUGCCGAGGGCGAGGAGGAAGACGAAGAAGAGCCAGAUGGUGAUGUGGAUCAGGAGUUGCUGAACAACGAGGACAGCGAGGACGAUGCCGAAGGCGAGGACGAGGACAUGGACGAGCUGCAACAAGAUCACCCACCGCCCCCAGUCAUCAAACAAGAUCGGUCCAAUGGCAAGGCAAAGCCCAACGUCACAGUCACGGCACCACCUGAAGGACCUCUCAAAUCUGUCGAAGCCAAGGAGAUGGAGGAUGACGAAGAUGAAGAGCUUUCCGAGCUGGACUCCAACGAGGACGAAGGGGAAGGCGACGAGGACGAGGAAGAAGAUGAGGAGAGUGAAGACGAUGAUGACGAGAACUCACGAAGCGCGACCCCAGAUCUCACCAAGCUCACCAAGCGGCAACGAGGUGCUUUCGACGAAGCGGCCGAAACCAGUUUGAUGGCACUGUCCAACGAGGCUCAGAAGAAGAAGCAUCUCACGGCAGAAGAACAUGCCAUGCGGCGCGCUGAGAUGGCGAGGCGGCGGAAGAACCUCAGCGAAAAGCGCAACGAAGAGGAGAAGAUGGACACGAUCAACAAACUUCUCAGCAAGCCAGCCCCCAAGCGUCGGACGAGAGCAGAGAUGGAAGCCGCGAGAGCCGCAGAACUCUCACCUGGUGCUGAAGACGAGGAAGAAAAGCCUAGUCCUCUCUACCUGCGAUGGGUGAACAAUGCGGCUGGUAGUAGGAUUGGAGUGACCGAUGAAUGGCUCGAUGCCCCGAUCGGAGACUCAUUCAGACGCAACAACAGCGGCGGCAUGGUGCAAGAAGUAGCAUGA